UCCAGAAACUUGCACAUAUGAAACUUUUUUCUGCUUGCGUCAGAGAGGCCUCAAAAGCCUGUUCAAGUUGGUGCUCAAAUCCUUGUCUUCGCCUGCCGGAGGCCCCUACUCCCACUUCCGAGUUUACUAGAACUGCCACCACUCCCAAGCAAGAUUUCUUUUCUGCAAUUUGUUCCUCAAUCCGACCAGACACCUCGUUUACUAAUCACGAAUCUCUCCCUCCAUGGAGAGAAUUGUAUUCCGACCUUAAAAAUUCCUUCCGGCAAUACUCAAAUACAGAUUCGGUUGACCAAAUUAGAUCACAAGAGUACUAUCAUCUCUCUCUCUCAAAUCAUGUCUGCCUGGACUACACUGGCAAUGGCCUUUUCUCACAUUCCCAGCAACAGAAUUUGUAUUCUGGAGCUGCAAUUGCCUCUACUUCUUCAUCUCCUCCACCACCACAAGAUUCUACCGCUUCAGAAGUACCUUUUUUUGAUAUUUCAUACAAGUCCGUCAAUUUGAUCUCUCUGCUACGUUACGGUGGCGAAAAAUCAGAGUUUGAAUUGGCAAUGAGAAAAAGGAUCAUGAAAUACAUGAAUAUCUCUGAAGAUGAUUAUUCCAUGGUUUUCACUGCUAACCAGGCCUCCGCUUUCAAGCUUUUGGCAGAUUCAUAUCCCUUCCGGACUAAUCACAAACUUCUUACAGUCUAUGACUACAAGAAUGAAGCAACAGAAGCAAUGAUUGAAAGCUCCAAGAAGCAUGGAGCCCGAAUAUUGUCAGCUAAGUUCUCAUGGCCUAGUUUGAGGAUAAAUGCAAAAAAGCUUAGGAAGAUGAUCCGUAAGAAUAAGAAGAAGAAGAAGAAGAAGAGGGGGGGAUUAUUUGUCUUCCCCCUGCAGUCAAGAAUGACUGGAGCAACAUAUUCUUAUCAAUGGAUGUAUAAAGCGCAAGAAAAUGGUUGGCAUGUCUUGCUUGAUGCAGACGCGUUAGCAGCCAAGGAGAUGGAGACGUUGGGGCUAACUCUGUUUCUUCCUGACUUUAUCGUCUGUUCAUUCUUCAAGGUGUUGGGGGAAAACCCUUCUGGUUUUAGCUGUUUAUUCGUGAAGAAGUCUAGUAUCUCAGUGCUAAACAAAUCCUCCACAAGCAUUGGUGUUGUCAGUCUUAUCCCAACAGGAAACCUUUUUAGACAAUCCACUAUCUCUGAAACAGAAAGUAAAGAUCAAAUUGUGACCUUAGGAAUGUUGUUCAGGAGAGAGGAAGCAGGAUUGCUUAGCUCAUCCUUUAGCUCAAGUGAAGAAGCCUUUGAAUUGCAGGAAGUUAAAGAAGAUGGCAGCAAAACUCAGGAGGAACCAUCAUUUUCCGAGUUAUUAAAAUCAGAUAAAAGGGUUGUCUCAAAUGAUGCAAGUCCCAGUGGUAUAAGAAGCUCAGAAACGAUUGAAUGCAGGGGAUUAGAUCAUGCAGAUGAAGUAGGCCUAAUUGUGAUCAGUAGCAGAAAUCGGUACCACAUAAACUGGCUAGUAAAUGCAUUGCUGUGCCUUCGACAUCCACAUUCAGAAAAUGGGGCAGCCUUAGUUAAAAUCUACGGACCAAAAAUAAGCAUUAACCGAGCACCGGCUGUGGCUUUCAAUGUAUUUGACUGGAAAGGAGACAAAAUCGAUCCAAUUCUUGUACAGAAGUUAGCUGACCGAAACAAUGUUUCUCUUGCAUGCGGAUUCUUGCAGCAUGUGUGGUUUGAAAACAAUUAUAAGGAAGAGAAGCAGAAAAUAUUAGAGAAGGAAAACACUGAAAGAAGAGAAGUGGAGCACAAAAAAAAGGGAGGUCAAUUUGAUUCGGAAAUUUCUGUUGUCUCAGCUUCUGUCAGGUUUUUGACCAACUUUGAGGACUUGUAUCGGCUCUGGGCUUUUGUUUCCAGGUUUCUUGAUGCAGAUUUUGUGGAAAAAGAAAGGUGGAGAUACAUGGCUCUUAAUCAAAAAACGGUUGAGGUGUAGACUAAGUUAUCAACUUUUUGAUUCUUUUAUGCUACCCAGAGAAGAAGUUGUUCAUACUUUCCAACAAUUCUUUCCCUUGAUUUCACACAUGAAUUGUUUACUCCUAUGAUUGCCUGACUACAAGAAUAUACUUCAGAAAUUCAGCAAUGAUUAAUUACAUUUGGUAGCAGAAGCUUAAUUCUUGUCAUUGCUCAGAAAUGCCAGCUGAAGAAGGAUGCUCAUGAGCUCUAACACUA